AUGGAGUCUGAAGAUCAGGCAACAUCGUCAGAAACAAACCCAAGCGAUGAGCAAGGAGGAAGUCAAGUGACAAGGUCGUACGAAUGCACCUUCUGUAAAAGGGGAUUUUCCAAUGCGCAAGCAUUGGGAGGCCACAUGAACAUUCACAGGAAAGAUAAAGCCAGGCUGAAGCAAUCUUCCAACCAAGCUCAUCGUCACCGUCAUCAUCGUCAGCCAUCUUUGGAUGUUCACAGUAAGGUUGAAGACAGAACUCACGGGCCUGCCUGCAAUAUGGAAGAUUCCUCUUCCAGAGACGAAAACUGCUCCGAACUUCGCCUGAAGCAGCUUCCUUUAUUUGCAGAAACACCCUGUGGUGAAACAGAAAAGCCAGAAGAAUUAGGUCAUAUUCAUGAUAGAGGAAUUGCUGAAGAAAUCAAGGGUUCGCCCUCGGAUUUAGACCUUGAACUCAGACUAGGGCCUGACCCACCCUCCCCCACUAUUGGCACCCGAAAAUUCUUUUGA